CUUUCACGAGAUACACUCACAUUUUUCUAAUAACUCAAAAAUAUAAAAACAAACAAACAAAAACAAAGAAAAGAAAACCCACAAGUUGUUAGUCUUCCCCAAUGGCCACUGGACGUGGUCAGUUCUUCCGGAGUUUGAGGCAAGGUCUCGAAAAGGCUCAACCAGGUACAUGCGGAGAAGCCUCAGUUGGAGCCAAAAAAGGAAAAUCUGUGCAUUCUCCCAGAACGACAAGACGGAAAGCUAAGAGCUCCAAACCCACGUUUCUUGCAGCACACCUUCCUCCUACCGCAAACGCAUCUGCCGCCUCCUUGUGCAGUCAUGAAAAUUAUAUUGAGAGACUGCCACCUGAAGUCAUCCUGAAGAUUUUCUCAUAUUUAGAUGCUGCUUCUCUUUUUUGCGUUGGCUUUGUUAACAGACAGUUUCAUGACCUUGCAAAUGACAAUGCUGUGUGGUAUGAGUUGUAUUCCCGUGAGAUUGCAAGAAAGAAAUGUAGACCCAAGCUAGCAAUCAUGACUGACUUCUUAACUACAACCCAGGACAUCUCAUCAGGGUUUUGGAAGAGGCUGCUGUUCAGAGAGAUGGGAUACCACAAAGACACCUUUUGGAAGAAAGAGCUAAGAUACAUUAACCCAUACACAGGCAUGCCUGCACAAACGGAGCAAGUCCUCAGGAGUCUGCGUGUGGGCUGGGAAAUCACACUGACCCAUAAGGGAGGGAUGAGUGUUUACGAGCAGAGUCAGGCCUUCUUCACUGACUCAUCAGUCACAGUGUGUUGGUGUGACGGUGUGUGGCCCAAGAUCAAAGACUUGUCCAGCCUCCAGCUCCACGGAGUGGUUCGGCAAGCCGGUGGUGCCCCGGAACACAAGCCAAGGUGGCGCUCUCUGAUAAGUAAAAUGGAGGUGCAUAGGGAUGACAAAUGGAAGUUCUUCGGGUCAGACCGGUUGGUGAAACUAGUGCCCUUGGAUAAAGGAAUUACUUUGGGAAUCUGGAAGGGUACAUGGAUAAUUGCCUUCAUCGUGGCCAAUUUGCACUUCCACAAAAUAGUGGAAAGAAGUCUUCUUGGGUCACCGUUCUGUACCUAUAGGCCAAUGGAGAUCAGCCCCUUGUAUGAUGAUAUGGACCCAGACUACACUUUUCAGGGCUACACAGCGAUCAUCCUGCUUCACAACUCAGUCAGACGCAUCAUACAUCUGCGCUAUUCCCCAUUGCUCUACGGGAGAGAUAACAUCCGUGGUGGAUUUGUGCAAUUCAGACCCAUUAAUAUCGCCAAUUUGUCCGAACAUACCCCCGUCUCAGGCAAAAUCAGUUUCCCCUGGAAGACGGACAGGCUACAGGGGGACAUCAAGAACUGCUGUAUGAUGACCCUGACCAUCCUGGAUGAGGCUCUGAGGCCUUUCUGGUGUGUGAGCUCACCCGUCACCCUCUUGCUGGUGCGUUGCCCCCUGAUGGAGGAGAGCUACAGCAGCGAGCAGUUCCUGAUGAGGUACUGCGACGCCAAGGGUGAGGUCAAGAUGAACUUUGUGUGGAUGCAGGGCCUUCAGCAGUACUUCCUGAUUGGCACUCAGAUCCGCAUCUCCAUGGACAAACUGAGCAAACAUUUCAGGGAGAGAGAAUCCCGGGGAUAUUAAAUGGCUAUCAACAGGGAGUUUAGAAU